GAGAGAGAUGGCCAAACAGCCGGCCAAUGCUCCUACCGGUUGUAACCCGUUGCACCAGCCGGAGGGAGUUUCAGCAAACAAACCGGAUAAUGUCUUUAACCAAACGUCCGCAGCAUACCCGGCCCCUCAGCCAGCACAAUCCAACGAGAGCAAAACUUUAUGUCCCACGGAAAAUAAACCAGGAGAACCGGGAGAAGUCAAAGUCUAUGGGACGUUUAAAAACGCCGCUCUGCCGGUGCCUGGAUCCGUGGCUGCUCUCUCGGCUGCCCGGGAUAUCCCUGUCCAGUACGGGGACCCGCUUAGGGUCACCGGGGAUCAAAACAAUGCAUCGGGCAACUGGACCACCAUGAGCCAGACCACCAUCAUUCUGGGCGCAGAUGGCAACACGUCUGUUCAGCCCGGCGGGGUGAUGUGGGAGGAAGACGAGGACGAGAGUGGAGAUGAGAAUAAGGCCAGGGGAAACUGGACUAAUAAAUUGGAUUUCAUCCUGUCCAUGGUUGGCUAUGCGGUGGGACUGGGAAACGUGUGGAGGUUUCCAUACCUUGCCUUCCAAAAUGGUGGAGGUGCUUUUUUGAUCCCCUACCUUAUAAUGUUGUGCCUCGCCGGGAUCCCUAUCUUUUUAUUGGAGGUUUCCCUGGGUCAGUUUGCCAGCCAGGGCCCCGUGUCCGUGUGGAAAGCCAUCCCGGCUCUGCAAGGUUGCGGGAUUGCCAUGUUGAUAAUAUCUGUCUUGAUAGCCAUAUACUAUAACAUUAUUAUGUGCUGGACACUGUACUACCUGUUCGCUUCGUUGAAGGGCUCACUGCCAUGGGCUAACUGUAAGAACGAGUGGAACACGUUGGACUGUAAGGACAAAGACAUGCUUCUCUUAGACACGUGUAUCCUCCAUGAUAAAAACAUCACCUCUGUAAAGAACAGCUCGUUCUGUCUGUCGGCUCAAGCCAUUGGAAACCUGACCAAACUGGUUAACAUGACCUUUCCGGAUAACAAAACCUACGUCAGCCCCAGCGAGGAGUACUUCAAGUACAAUGUCUUGCACAUCUCCAAAGGGAUAGAGUACCCUGGAGACAUCCGCUGGCCCCUCGCAGGCUGCCUGUUGCUGGCCUGGUUGAUAGUCUACCUCUCCCUGGCCAAAGGAAUCAAGUCAUCAGGGAAAGUGGUGUAUUUCACAGCUACGUUCCCCUAUGUGGUUCUGGUCAUUCUGUUGUUCAGAGGAGUGACCCUCCCAGGGGCUGGUGACGGCAUCCUCUACUUCAUCACACCCAAGUGGGAGAAACUCAAUGAUGCUAAGGUUUGGAAGGAUGCUGCCACCCAGAUUUUCUUCUCUCUGUCAGCAGCCUGGGGAGGCCUCAUCACACUGUCUUCUUACAACAAGUUCCACAACAACUGCUACAGGGACACCAUCAUAGUGUGCAUAGUUAACAGUGCCACCAGUAUAUUCGCUGGGUUCGUCAUCUUUUCCGUCAUUGGAUUCAUGGCCCACGAACUGAAGGUGCCCAUUGAGAAGGUGGCUGAUGAAGGUCCAGGCAUAGCAUUCGUGGUGUACCCAGAGGCUCUGACCAGACUCCCACUCUCUCCGUUCUGGGCCAUCAUCUUCUUCCUCAUGCUGCUGACCCUCGGCCUGGAUACCAUGUUUGCCACCAUUGAGACCAUAGUGACGUCGGUGUCAGACGAGUUCCCCCAGUACCUGAGAAAGAACAAGCCUCUGUUCACACUCAUCUGUUGUGCAUGUUUCUUCUUCCUGGGAUUCCCUAUGGUCACAGAGAAUGGGAUGUACAUGCUCCAGUUGGUGGACACAUACGCUGCCUCUUACUCUCUGGUAAUCAUUGCCAUCUGUGAGCUGAUCGGAAUCUCCUACUUCUAUGGCCUGCAGAGGUUCUGCGAGGACAUUGAAAUGAUGAUUGGCUUCCAACCAAACCGCUUCUGGAGAAUCUGCUGGGCCUUUGUGACUCCUACCAUUCUGACUGGUAUCCUGGGGCUGAGUCUGUACCAGUGGAAGGUGAUGACCUAUGAGGACUACACCUACCCCACCUGGUCCAUGGUGAUGGGCUGGCUGAUGGUGUUGUGUUCUGUCAUCUGGAUCCCAAUCAUGUUUGUCAUCAAAAUGCACUUGGCCCCAGGCAGCUUUACAGAGCGUCUGAAGCUGGUGUGUUCCCCUCAGCCCGAUUGGGGUCCCUUCCUGGCCAAGCACAGAGGGGAGCGCUACAAGAACAUGAUGGACCCCCAUGGAUCCAACUCCCUGGGCCUCAAACUGCCCCCCAAAGAUUUCCAGCUGGGCGCCUACCAGUAGCAGCCUCCACUACAACCACCACCGCCACUUCAGCAGGGGCACCAGGGGAGAGAGAGAGCAGCAGCCUACCACUGCCCUCUCCCACACCUAUUCCUCUUUUUUCCUGUUCUCCACUCUACUCUCUUCAUCUCUCCUGUUUCCUUCCUCUUUCCCAUCAAUGUGGGUGAGAGAAAAGCAAGCCAACACAUAUCCCACUUUUUUUCCUGGUUCUCCUGUUCACCUCCCCUGCUCCCUUCUACACUCUAUAGCAAAGUGGGGCUGCCCUCCUCUACAACAUUGCUUUCUCUGGCAGGCACCCAUGCUAUACCCUGUCCUCUCUCUCCUUAACCCCUGACCUGAGAAUGGUCUGUCCUCUGCCUCCUGCCCAUGCACAGCCAUUACGCCAGAACCCUUUCUUACUGAGGGGAUCUCUAUUCCAAGAGAAAAAUGUACCGUGUCACAAUAUUGCAAUGGCAAUAUUCAACUGCUCAUGGCAAAAAAAUCAAAUCAAAUUUUAUUUGUCACAUGCUUCGUUAACAACAGGUGAAGACUAACAGUGAAAAUCUUACUUACGGGUCCUUUUCCAACAAUGAAGAGUUAAAGAUACAUUUAAAAAAUAAAAUAGUGACAGAAGGAAUACAUACACAGGGAUUAACGAAUAACAAUAAUGGAGUAAAAAUAACAUGGUACUGGUACUCCCUGUAUAUAGCAGAGUCGAUGUGCAGGGGUACGAGGUAAUUGAGGUAGAUUUGUAUAUAUAGGUAAGGGUAUAAAGUGGCUUUGUGUGUGUGACUGUGUGUGUGGAGUCAGUAUGCAUUUGUGUGUGUGUGUGUGUGUUGGGGUGCCAGUGUAAGUAUGUGUGAGUGUGUGGGUAGAGUCCAGUGUGUGCUCAUAGAGUCAGUACAAGAGAGUUAGUGCAAAAAAGGGGCAAUGCAGGUAGUUCGGGUAGCCAUUUGAUUUAGGUAUUAAGAGGUCUUGUUUAUCAGUCUUAUGGCUUGGGGGUAGAAGCUGUUCAGGGUCUUAUUGGUUCCAGACUUGGUGCACUGGUACCGCUUGCCGUGUGGAAGCAGAGAGAACAGUCUGUGGUUUGGAUGGAGUUUUUGACAAUUUUGUGUGAUCCUUCCACUGACAACGCCUGGUGUAGAGGUCCUGGAUGGCAGGGAGGGAGUUCGACCCCAGUGAUGUACUGGGCCAAACUGACCACCCUCUGUAGCGCCUUGCGGUCAGACGCCUUGCAGUUGCCGUACCAAGCGGCGGUGCAGCUUGUCAAGAUGCAGCUCUUGAACUUUUAUGAGGAUCUGAGGGCCCAUGCCAAAUCUUUUCAGCCUCCUGAGGUGGAAGAGGCGCUGUCGUGCCCUCUUCACAACUGUGUGGGUGUAUGUGGACCAUGUUAGUUCCUUAGUGAUGUGCACACAGAGGAACUUGAAGCUCUCGAACCACUCCACUACAUCUGGACUAGUCCCUAUGGAGGUGUGUGUGCAUGUGUGUGUGCAUGCGUGCGUGUGUGUGUGUGUGAUUGUUUUAUUCUUGUAUCUAUGUGUAUAGUGAUAAUGGAAAAUCCUCCACAAACAAAAAGGCACAAAAAAUCUAAUUGAUGGACUGAGAAAUAUUGGUAUUCAUCAGACUCUGAUCUAUGGGACAUUAUGAUAUAUAUAUUCAUUCUUUUUUUAAUGAAAUAGGCAAUACAAGUAAAAUCAACUGCCUAGAAAGUAUGCAGUAUGGUUCAUUUUCAUAGAUUAUAUUUGUUCCUGUCAAACUAUAUACACAUUAAAUAGGAGUAUAUAUAUAUAUAUAUAUAUAUAUAUAUAUAUAUAUAUAUAUAUAUAUAUAUAUAUAUAUAUAGGAGCAACUUAUAUAUAAGUGUAUAUUUAUAUAUAUAUAUAUACACACUCUUAUUUAAAGUGCAGGCUCCUUUGCUUUAGCUGAAUAAAUGAAGUUACCUGCAAGAUAAGGAAAUGCCUAUCGCUAAUUACUUUAACUAUAAACACUUUAGUCUCUACUAUCUCUAAAAAAAAUGUAUCGUAAUCAAUUUAGCACAUUAAUACAGUCGUGUAGUCGAUCCUUUCUUUAGUAGCUUAAGAUAUGCAAAACGGCCAUGUGAAAUUGUAGUGAUUCUUCUCAGUGUUUAGAAUAGUCCAAUGGCCUUUGUGUGCAUAACAAUUAAACCAACUAUUUAUUGCUGUAGACAUGUGUUGUGAUCUAGUCAUGGCAACUAUGGAAUCUCCCUCUUUCCUCAUACGCAACUUCUGUAGGGUAACACACACAUAUAUAUAUAUAUAUAUAUAUAUAUAUAUAUAUAUAUACACAAGAGAGAAUGUGUAUUGCUCCAGAUGUUUUUUCCUGUAUUGCUCCAGAUGUUUUUUCCUUGCCGGCUGUGUAAGCUGUAUCUUGUACACCUUUUAAAAAGAGAUGUGUGUUGACUUAGUGCGUGCUAGUGUUGUCACAUCCCCACAAUGUUAGGAGCAACUUGUAGAUAUGUGUGUAGGUAGUGUAUAGAAUAUGGCCUUUUUUCCCCCUGGAACUGUACUUAUCUUAUUAUAUGUGGUAGAGCUCUGGGGGGGGGGCACUUUGGAUUUGUCUCAAAUGGCACUCUAUUCCCUAUGAAGUGCAAUACUUUUGAAUAAGUGAGUGAGUCCUAUGACCAUUCAAAAGUACUGCACAAAAUGGGGUGUCAUUUGAGAUUUGUACUUUGCCAUUUUUAGAUGUGUACUUCGUCAUUCUCUUUGUUUUCAUGAAACAGGGUGUCAGGUAUACUUGAUUCCAGGUCUGCCUACUUUUGUAGAUGUAUAAUUAACAACAGCAUUCUACAUGGAAGAAAUAGACAGUAGAACUUCCACAAUUUCUACCUUAAUAGGGGAGACAUAGAAAGAAAAAAAAGAAAAUCCUUCAAAAUGAGCCUGUUCUCUCUUUUUUGCGCACUAUUAUAAAAUCAUGAGGAAUUCUAGCUCAGUAGGGCAUCAAGGAAUGUCUUGGUCAAAUCCCACUGCACUGACCAAAAUGUAUCUUUACCUAGGGCACUGGAGUUGAAUGAGAGAUGGUUGGCACAUAAUUUCCCUUCUAAAUCUUGUUAAAAACUCUUCUCUAUGGACAGAAUUGGCCCAUAACAGUUACAUGUCUUACCUAGAACCCUAAGAAAAUUGGAACAGUGUCUGCUUCCCUAAUGGCAACCUUAUACAACUUUUGACCAGGGCCCAUACUGUAGGAGUCCAAGUAGUGCACUAUAUAUGGAACAAGUUGCCAUUUGGGACACAUCCAGAAAGUGUAGGGGUCAAGACUUCAAUCUGACAGUGACAACACACGACUACCUGCCAGCCUGCCGCAAGCUAUCCAGAGGGCCAGUAAGCAAAUUGACUGGCCACUAAGGUUGCUUUUCAUAUUACACGUCAGGCAACCAAUCUGCCUUGCUUUCUGUCCAAUUACCAACGUGACUGGGGAUGCGUUCUUUAAAAAGCAAUUAGAUCCGAUUUCUUUUCCCGCGUUCACAGGAAGUUGGAUGUGUAAUUUCUGUUCAAUGUAAACAUGCCUGGAUUAAAACAGCUGUGUUUAGAUGGCCGGGUCUUUUAACGCUGCAGGCGUGUGUUCUUCGAGUGGGGCCGGAUGUAGUUAAUUGGAAGCUGUAGAUAUAUGGGAAGCAAUAAGACAAGCGUGCCAGUGAGAUUUGAGUCAGACGAGUGAGUCUAGGCAAGGCCCAUGCUGUUUAAUUACUGUGAAAUUAAAAGCAACAUGGGCUGCUAAUUGUCUAGAAAGGUACAGGUCUCUAAAAGGGGAAAAAAACAUUCAACCCUAUUUCUGAAGUAGCUUGUCUGUUGUAGCCUACAAAUGUUGCUUUGUGUUGAUAUGUAAUGCAUCUUAUCUCCCUUGUUUUGUGUGUGUGUGCCCCUGACCCCUUUUUUUAAGAACUCAGUCGUGGUCUCAAUUUACUGUUGAGUACCAUUUCAAAAUUUGGUUGUGCAUCAGUUUUUCUCUUAUGUCAGUCACUUACAAUCACUCAAUUAGCCCAUGUCAGCUAAAAAAUGUUUUAGAUUGGUUAGUUAGUCUAGUCAGCUAUCUAAACUUGUAGUAAUCAUGGUGGAAUUACCGCCCGGGCACGUGCCCAGGGGCCCUGACCUCCAGAGGGCCCCAUUGAUUUUGUUAGUCACUCUCAGUCAUAUAUCCUAUUAGCAUGGCAUGAGUCAUGGAAAAAUCUGUAGAAUUGAAGGAAAUUAGCUUCAAAACUGAAGGGGAAAAAAUCUCUCCACCCUAUGGAAAAAUGAGUGUAAUUGCAGGAUAUUAGUUAUACAAUUGUAAAGAAAUCUCUCUGCCCCAUGCCAAAUUCUCUUAGAAUUGCAGCAAACUUGCUGUAAAACUGCAACAUUUUCUCUACGCCCAAUUGCAAAAUGUGUAGAAUUGCAGGAAAUUAGCUCCAAAACAAAUAAAAGUUCUCCCUGUCAUCAACUGAGGCGCCACUAAAAUGUUUUGCCUGUGAGGCGGCGGGCUACCAACAAAAAUUAUGCUUAGGGCCCCCCAAAAGGCUAGGGAUGGUUCUGUUGGGGGUAAAAAAAAAAUAAAAAAAAAAUAAUAUAUAUAUAUAUAUAUAUAUAUAUAAAAAUAUAUAUAUAAAAAAUAUAUAUUGUGUUUGUCACUCACUUGAAUGCAAGGAUGAUUGAACGAGCAAGUCAGGUUUUAAAAUGAUUUUUGCCUCUUCGUGUGUUUCACGACUGUACACUCCUGUAUACACAUGAUCAAUUAUCUUCCAAUGACAGAGAGAGAGAAAUAAAGAGAGUCAGAGAGAGAGAUCAUUUUUGCGGUGUGACAGAUGGUAACGUUUGAGCUAGGCAAUUCAUGAAGUGGCGGCAGAUACCCGAGCGGUUAAGAGCAUUGGGCCAGUAACCGAAAGGUCGCUGCUUCGAAUCCCCGAGCUGACUGGGUGAAAAACCUGUCAAUGUGCCCUUAUGCAAGGCACUGAACCCUAAUUGCUCUGGAUAAGAGCAUCUGCUAAGUGACUAAAAUGUAAAUGUGAGCUCUGGUUGGAAUAACUGUCUUUGUGUAGCCAAUUUGAUGCUUUCUUUGAGGAAAUGGGGAUUAGCUUUCUGUUUUCAACAGCAUUGAUCGAUUGAACAGGAAACGUUAGAAAGCUAGCAUGUGCUGUUUGUGUUCCUGUGCUUCUGUGUCUAUGUAUGCUCUCUCCCUUCUCACGUCUGCUUCCUCCUCUCCUCUCUUCUCCCCCUCUCCCCCUUGCAUGUCUCCUUGAGCGUGCUUUAUGUUCCUCAAAGCACUGUCAAACCAGGGUUAUAGUUUACCCCGGUAUUUUCCUUCGCAAAGAAAAAUACAAAAUAAUAAACUUUCCAUUGCUAUACCUGUGGGUCAACUUUGGGCAGUAGGUAACCAAAGAAGGAUAACAAUUUUUUUAUCAGAACAUAGGGUUCUGAAAAAAAAAAAAAAAAUUUUUUUUUUGAAAAGUGCUAUUUGCAUUUAGGAGAUUGAGAUACUGCCAUUCAUAUCCCACCUAGUGAUCCUUGAUGUUUGCCAAUAUGUUACAAAACAUCUUCAGGUAACCAUUGGCCUUAUAGUUGUCCUCUAACAGUAAAAUAUUGUAUGUAACUGAAGAC